AUGAUGACCGCAUUUGCAAACCACAUACUCUUUUCGCCUGACAUGAAGUUACGCCCUCGCAUUGGCAUCGUGGAUGACGACAUUCCAGGCUUUGCCGAAACCUCAUGGAACUUGCUCAUUCGUCACGGAUCUGAUUCUCCCUCACUUGACAACCUGGCGGUGAAGCAGCAGGCGUCAGUGCUGACGAGGCUCAGCCACGGGUACAACUGGCUGCUCAGGCUGAACAACGUGGCAUUCGUGCUGCUCAUAAUGGCAGCACCAGUCCUCCUCGCGCUCAUCUUCACGCCGCUCUUCCUCACACUCGCCUCCGGCUUCGCCUUUCCCCCCGACAGCCCCGAGUUCGAAUCCCUCCACAUCCACACUAUCCUCUCCGGCCCGCUCGCCCCGCCUCUCGACCAAUGGGAGCGCGCCAGCAGGGCGGGACCGGCGGCGGUGGCGCUGUGCUGGGUGUGUGCUGCGCUCGUGCGUGCGGGGCAGCAGCUCUAUGUGGUUCUGCACUUCUUCCUCUUCGCGCUCGCCCCUGCAGGUGCUCUCUCCUUGCUCAUCCCCUUCCUCCCUUCCCCCACCCUGUCUUCCAUUUCUAUUCCUUUUCUCCCACGUCCCCCCAGCCUCUCCCUCUGCACCACCUUCGGAGGUUCGCCCCUGCAGGUGCUCUCGCCCUCGGCACUCAUGCUCGCCAACCUCCUCACGCUGCUCGCACAGCUCAACUUCGUCUUCCUCAGCGGUGCAGUCUUUGCACGCAUCGGCCGCCCAGCAGAGACGGUGCGGUGCUCUCGCUUCAUCACGCUUGCCACUCAGCCCUUGACUGGCCAUGGCACGGAGAAGAGAAGGAUACUCACGGCGCGGUUUGCCCUGGUGGGGCUGAACUCGCACGAGCUGGUGAACGUGAAGGUCGCCCUCUCGCUGCGCCUCUUCCUCCCCUCCCCCUCAGGGGUUGUGCACUGCUCCUUGCAUGAUCUCGAGCUUGUGAAAUCCGAUCUGCCCUACAUGCGCUUUGGCUUCAAUCUGCGCCACAUAGUGGACGAAUCGAGUCCCCUGCAUGGCCUCUCUCUCAGCAACCUGCUGGCAGCAGAUGCGUCUUUCUCUCUCACCAUCUCCGGCCUUGAACGCACCACCAUGCAACCUGUAUUCGUGGUGAAGGUGAGUCAACGCAGUCAACGUGAGUCAAUGGGAGUCAAGGCGAGUCCCUUGCACAGCCUCUCUCUCAGCGACCUGCUGGCAGCAGAUGCUUCUUUCUCUCUCACCAUCUCAGGUCUUGAACGCUCCUCCAUGCAGCCAGUGUUUGUGGUCAAGGAGUACUACGCCUACGAUGGUGAGGUGCUGUGGGACUACAAGUUCCUCCACCUUCUCUGUGCGCCUUGCCAUCUGCCUCUCAACCAUUCUUUAUGCCCCCUGCACUGCACCCCUCUUCACUCCUGUUCACUCCAUGCUCUUCACACUGCUGUUUUCUGCACGCUGCUGCUGCACUGCAGGAGUACUAUUGCGUACGAGGAGUACUAUGCGUACGAUGGCGAGGUGCUGUGGGACUAUGAGUUCCUCGACCUCAUACGCAUCGCAUCCGAUCUCGUUCCCACUCUAGACCACUCCCGAUUGGACGCCGUGACACCUGUCAACACUCACAGCUGA